UAAACGUUUUCUAAUUUUAUAACGAUUAUUUGAAUUAUUCCACGAAUGUAAACAGUGAAAGUUUGCUAACAGCAUGGCGUAUACAUUGAUAGUGGCUUCAGUCAUAAUCGUUGAAGUUUUGUCGCAAGAAGUGCCAAAAAUACAACCAUUUAAUUUUCCAAAACAAGUUGUGCUUGGCCAGAAAGUCAGUACAAUAUGCACAGCAAUUUCUGGAAAUCCUCCUCUAGAAUUUUCUUGGCUUAAAGAUGGUCGUGAAAUUAAUGAUAUUGAUAAAAUUAGUAUCCAAUCUUAUACUACUAGAGAUUCUUCGGUCUUACUCAUAGAAAAAGUAGAGACCGAUUCUGCAGGAAAUUAUACGUGUGUGCUUACUACUUCGUCCGGGAUCGAUAGAUUUUCUGCAAGUUUAUUAGUAAGAGCGCCAACGAAAUGGGUUCAAGAACCUUCAGAUCAAGAUGUAGUUGUGGGAACUUCACUAAUGCUAGAAUGUGAAGCAACAGGAUUACCUCCUCCGAAUGUUUCUUGGAGGAAAUUGGACGGAGCAUUGUCUCUUGAGUCAGAAUCACAGACAGGGAAGAAUUUAUUAAAUAUUGAGAAUAUUCGAGACAUAGACGAAGGCCAAUAUAUCUGUGAGGCUAAAAAUGGAAUAGGAGAUCCACUAAAUAAAAUAAUAUCUAUUACCGUUCGUGGUAAGAUUGUUUUUGUACUCUGUAAAGAAAAUUAUAAGAUUUUUCUACAUGAAUUUGUAGUGUGCUAAUAAUAAAACUAUUUUAAUAAUGUUUAAAGCCCUAGAUUCGUUAACUUCCAGUUUCAUUAAAAAAAACUAAGUAAAUUAUACAGAUAUAAUUAAAAAAACACAUAAUUCGAGAAUAUGGUUAUUUAUUAUAAUGUUGGAUUAUAAGAGAGAAUCAAUAUAUUCACUAAAUUUCGAUGAAUACAAUGAAUAAAAUUUUCCUUGUAAAAUACGGUAUAUCUGCAAAAUAUUGGUUCAGGACGGUUUUGGAAACCGGAGGGCGCUGCGUAGCGAGUCUUUGUCUAGUUAUGGAUGCUGGCUUAGCUAGAAAUUUAUUUGUGCUGUAUCUUUAAGAUUAGUAUUUAAUGUUGAUCGAAUGUUAUUAGAAGCCAUUCCUUUCAGACGUGAUAUGCACUGUUUAAGAAGAUAUUGUUCAACGACAUAACUAUUCGGAAAAAUGAUUUAUAAAGACAUAGUGAAAGUACUGAUGAUUACUUUCUUGUCAUCAGUUGGAACAGGUAAGAAAAUUUUUCAAUAAACUCAAUUUAAAACUUAAUGAAAUUACUAUAGUAUUUUAAUCAAAUCAAUUUUUCGAAUAGGGCAAAAAAUAAGACCAUUUAACUUUCCUAAAACGGUGACUUUAGGAGAAAGAGUUACCACGACUUGUGCCACAAAUAGUGGCGAUGAUUUAGUGUAUAAAUGGUAUAAAGACGGUAAAGAAAUUGAUGCAAAUAAAAGAA